GACUUGCAAGUGAAUAACAAGAAGAGACCAUGGAUUUUAUUAUAAUUGUGUUUAUAUGAUCGUACCAAUUGCCGAGUCAAUAAUUUUAAUGAAAACAAUCAAUACCAACAAUCAACAAAAGUUCAUCAUGUUAUCGGUGAUAAUUCAAGUGUCAUUUACAUGAUAUUGGAACCAAAGGACUUUUUAAUCGUUAACCAUUUUCUCUCAAGGAUAAUUAAGAAUUAAAAAUGACCAACUGAAUCGUAUUGAAUAUCAAUGAUAUAUUGACCACAAUUAAAAUCGUGAGAUUGGAUAAUGAGUGAUUCAAAUUAAUCUGUGAUAAUAGUGAUCUCCAAAAUUUGACUAACUAGCAAUUAAUUAACUCAAAAAAACAGUUUCAAUUAUGAUUACAACUAAAUCAUCAUUAAUCUCAUCAUCAACAUCACCAACAUCAAUUAAUUUAUCGUCAACAUCACCAACAAUUAGCAUAAUUGACCAAUUUGGUGAACAUAUUCUGGAAUCAAUUAGCUCAACUAAUAAACCUUUAAAUGGACCAUAUGAUUUAUACAAUAAAAGUUUAAGUGACUCAUAUGUGGGUGUUAAAAGUGGACUCAGGGGCGGUGGGGACGGUGUCGGAGACCUUUUCGAUGACCACUCGAACCUUUUAUCAACUAAAUCUUCAUCAUCCGAUUACUCAGACAAUCUUGGGAUGAUAAUACCGUUAGGAUUUGGACUGUACAGUUUAAGUUUGAUAACUUUUUUUGGUAACGCAAUGGUGGUUCAUGUUAUCCGAACUGAGAGGAAACUGAGAACCGUUAGUAAUAUGUUCAUAUUAAGCUUGGCAAUUGCUGAUCUUAUUGUUGGUUUAAUUGUGAUGCCAAUUUCAUCUGCUUACGUUUUAACCGGUGAUUGGAUAUUUGGUUUAAUUGUUUGCCAAUUUUGGUUAAUCAUUGAUUAUACUGCUUCAACUGCCUCAAUAUUUAACCUGCUUAUCCUUAGUCUUGACCGUUACUGGUCAAUUAAAAGUCCACUUAAAUAUUUAUGCAAACGAACCAAGAAACGGGCUCUUGGUAUGAUCGUCGUUGUUUGGUUACUUGCCGCUUGUUGGAUUAUACCGAUAAUCGGUUGGCACCAUUGGUACAAUUUUGGUAAUCGUAAGCACGUUGGGACAGUUUGUGAGACUGAAUUUUCCGAUGAUAAAAUUUUCAAGGUAACCACAUCGGUGGUUAAUUUUUUAAUUCCAAUGUCCCUUAUGGUGAUACUUUAUUAUAAGAUUUACAAGGAAAUCAAGAGACGAGGUAAAUUUGAUAUCGGCGGAUCAUCAAGUAGCCAUGGCGGUGGUGGUGGUGGUGGUCAUCAUCUUACUGGUAUUAAAGGUAGUGUUUCAAGUGCAAGUAGACUGGGCGAGGGAUUAUCGAUGUCCAGAGAUGAUGGACAAUCAUCUUCUUUAACACCACAAUCAAUUCAUCAUUUUGGUAAUCGAUGUAAAAGUUAUCGGAAAACUUGGUCAAGUAAACGAACCAAAUGGUCAACAAGUACUACUAAUAAUGACCCUCGAAUUAUAUCCGUUUGUUGUCCUUCGGUUAACGUUGGUUUAUCCUCAUCAUCGGUUGAUUGUUCACCUUCAUUGGUACCAAGUGGACUUUUAAAACUUUCCAAUCAAAAUAUUGACCGAUGUUCAUCAAGUGAUACAUUUACUCAGGAAAUUGUUUCCGAGGCCAAUUGUGAUCUAGAAAUACCAAUUGAAAUUAAACAAGAUGGAUUAACAGAUUAUGAUAAUAUUCACCGUUAUAAACAAUUGAUUGUACUUAAAGCAGGUAAUCGGGCUUACUCAUUAGAGGAUUAUAAAGAUGUUGAUGUUCAAGUUGAAUACAUUGAACCUUCAAACAAUUGUAUCAACAAUCAAUCAACUGUUAACUCAACCAACACCACAAAUACAAUCACCGCCAACAACAAUAACAGUAAUAUUAUCACAAAUAUGAAUAAUAUAACAAUUUGUAGUAAAAAUGAUUCUCAUGAUAAUAGUAAAUAUUAUCAUUCUAAUAAUGAACAAUCAACUUCUUCCUCUAAAAUGAUGAUGGGCCGAUUAAAGAGUAAAGCAGCUAAAUUGUGCCAUCGAUCUCGAGGGAAAUCAACAUCAUCUCCAUCAACUAAUGUAUCAUUAUCAUCACCUAAUGAUGUCCAUUUGUCCAGUUCAAUAUCUUGUGAUGAAACUGAUUGUUCACCGUCCAAUGGAUUAGGUUAUAAAGAAAAUAGUAAUAAUAAUAACAAUUUAACCACAAAUAGAAAGAUUAAAAAAGGAUUGACCAAUAGUGUUAAUGGUAAAAGUAAUUGUCCAAAAUCAAAAUGGACAUCGAAUUGUCGUUCAAAGUUUCAAUCAUCCUUUUCGAGUGGAGAUAAAUUUAUCUCCCCAAGUGAUUACAAUAAUAAUAAUAAUAAUCCAACAGUUAAUCAUAAGAAUGGGUCGAGUUUCAAUCAUCAUCAUCAUCAUCAUGUAAUUAAUCAACAAUCAACUGGUGAUUCUCAUCAUGUUCAUGUUCAUGGUUCUUUUUCACAAUUAUCUCCAUCAUCGUUUCAAAGUCAUCGAAAUGUAAUGAGACGAGUUGAAUCUUCUCGACUUCGACAAGAGAAAAAAGCAGCUCGACAAUUAGGUGUUAUUCUUGGUGCUUUCAUGAUCUGCUGGUUACCUUAUAUAAUUGUCUUCAUUGUGACAGCUUAUUGUUCAUGUAUCAAUCAUUUCAUUCACACUAUGGCCAUUUGGUUAGGUUACUUUAAUUCAACAAUUAACCCUUUUCUUUAUGCUCUUUGUAAUGACAACUUUAAAUCAGCCUUUAGGAAAAUGUUGGCCCGAGGCGCUUCGAGUAAGGAUCAGUUCAAUGUUAAUCAACAACAUGGAGCAAGUUUUAAAUAUUCACAGAAAUAAUCAACCAAUCAAUCAAUCAACAUGUUAAUUACUAACAUUUUUUGUUUUCCAUUCUCAACUCAAUCAACUAAUCCUUUAAGUGUUGAUUUGAUAACUAUAACUAUUACAUUACUAUUAUUAGACUUUCUCAAUGAAAUGAUCGUAAUGAUCAAUUUGUUUGUUUACAAUUUAAUUAUUAACUUAACCUUAAUUUUUAAUUUUUCUUCCACCAUUUUAAUUGUUUUUCUCAAAUUAGUUUUAAUUUCUUUUGUAAUAUUAAUAAUUCAUCUAAUUCUGUCAUGUAAUGUUUUUCAUUUCUCUUUCCUUAUUUAUAAUCAAAUCAAUCAACUGUGUAAAGAAUUAAUUAUUAUUAUUAUUUUCUAUGAACCAAAUAAAAUG